GUUUGUGUUAUAAUACACAAUCACACAUUACAUAGUCUUGGCAUGAACUAAAAAGAUUUGAACAAUCUUCAUUUGACAAACUUUUACCGCAAGAGGUCGGUGGAUAAUAGCUUAGCAUCGUAUCCAUCGUUGGUUCCCAUAAUAAUUAAAUAAAACAAAUAAAAAAAAACCCAAAAUAAUGUGGCAAUAGAUUGCUAAAGACAGCAGAAGCAAAAUGAAACCUGUUGUUCAUGCAAAACUUAAACAAAACACGUGUAUAAACACGUGGCAAACUCUUUCCUUCCAUAUAACAAAACCUUUCUUCCUUUCCAUCAUACUUACUUCCUCCCUCUAUUUCCCACUCUAAAACCUGAAAUAAACUUCAGCUACCUUAGCUUCGUUUAAUUUAUUAAGUAACAAAGUAAUUUCUAAAAUGGCAACAAUGGAUCGCGAUCGCGAUACUAGAGACCCAAGGCAAAUCCAUGUCCACACCCAACAUGCAAGCGUUCACGGCGGUAACGUAAGAGGUAGCGGUGGUUAUGGAUUCAGCUCCGGAGGUGGUCCAACCGCGUCACAAGUGAUUGCUUUGGUAACACUAGUCCCCGUCACUGGCACCCUCCUCUUCUUGGCGGGUCUCACUUUACUCGGGACCGUCAUCGGGUUAUGCCUAGCAACCCCGGUAUUCCUCCUCUUUAGUCCUGUCCUAGUCCCUGCUGCCCUCCUCAUGGGGCUUGCUGUCACUGGGUUCCUUUCGUCUGGCGCGUUUGGUCUCACGGGGCUGUCUUCGCUGUCACGCGUCGUGGGGUAUAUUCGACAGGCGGGGCGUAGAAUGCCUGAUGAUUUGGAUUAUGCUAAGCGUCGUGUGGCGGAUAUGGCGGCAUUUGCGGGACAGAAGACCAAGGAUGUGGGGCAGACUAUUGAGAGUAAGGCUCGUGAAAGUGGGACUCAUACCACUAGUGGUGGUACUACUGCUACUACUAGGGCUUGAAAAUGAGGAGCAUGCAUGCGACGAGUUUUUAGGUUGAUGAUGACCGAUGAGUUAGUUUCCUUGGUUGGGUUUUGCAGGGUGUAAAUUAAAUUUUCUAGUUUGUAAUGUUGUUGUUCAUGUUGUUAUAACUUUUUAAUGGGUUAUUGAAUAAUUUUAUGCAUGAUUUCAAUGUAAUUUUUAUGCUUAAGUGACUGCCUUUUUGUUCAUUUUAUAUAAUCCGUUCUGUUUUAGUA